CAUUAACUGAUGCGCGUUGGUUGUCCUUGACGUUGACGAGGAUUGAUGAUUUUGUUCGAUAUUCAAUGGCUAGGGCUCAGUGGAAUUUCACUGGCCCUACAAUCCAGUUGAUCACCAAGAGAAAGAGAAAGGGUGAGAAUAAGCAAACUUGCCGGAUCAACUUCUCUGUUGCUUUAACUGAAAGUCCAAUCCAAAUAGGUAUAAAUUCAUACCUUAUACCUUAGGGCACAAUAAAAUGUAAGACACUGACAUUUUUAAAUAAAGCGCCUCGCAUAUCGUGCACAGGCAAACGAUUUCAUGGCGAAUCUGCAUCUAAAAUGAAAAAAGAAAAUCCUCGAGCAACAACACUUAUAACCAGUCGAUCAUUAUCAUUACUGUCGAUUACGGUUUGCUGAUCCACUGAAUCAGUUUAAAGCUAAGAAUAAGUCGGCGGCUUUUCUUUUAACUGUGGUUUCGAGUUGUUGGUUUUUCCACAGUGCAAUAGUCACUUGUUUGUUUACUAAAAAGAACAAGUUUUAUGGUAUCUCGUUCACAAAGACGGGUUUAUUAUCCACGAAGGCAAGCUCCUAGGAGGAAUCGGCGCCGAUGCGAUAUUGAAGAUUUUGAUACAGAUGUAUCAAAAAUGGAAAUAUUUUUAUUUUCUGUAAUAAUAUUUAUACUCGCGUCACUGUCCACAGAUUCAUUUGUUGAAGAGACUUCCAAAGAUGUCUCAGAUACACUCGUCGUACGAAAUUCUUGUCCAUCAACAUCGGAAAGGCAUUUAUCACUAGAAAUCAUUAUUUCUCCUACGAUAUCACAUCUUUCAUGUAUUUACAAUUUCUUGACGCCUAUGCAUGAUGUUUUAGAUACUACUGACAGUAUCCUCAAUGUAAAUUCACCUAUUGAUCUUCAAUUUCCUUAUGAGCUACUCCCGUAUAAUAAUUCCACAAAUGUUUCAAUAAUAGAUUACACAAACCUAAACUUCCUACCUGAUCUUUCCGUUUGGAACGACAGAUCCAUCCUUAUUUUCGCAACACAUCGCCUCUAUUUCUCGUCAGAACCCACCUGUCCUGAAGUAUAUGUAUGUGCGAUUCCUAAUAGUGGACACAAUAGUACGACCUGUCACACUGACUUAGGUGAAGUUAGUGGGAGUUGCAAAGAUGAAAUCAGUGACCCCUAUUUCUUCAUGUUCCCACUUGCUACUGGUCUGAAAGUUUCAGUUAACAAUGUUGGUGAAUAUCCGGGUAUACAUAAUAACAGCAUGCAUAUAAUUGUCACCUCUGGUUAUCGUUUACCACCGGGUGUUUUUACCUGUCCAUCGGGUUUUUUUGCUUGUGAUACAUUUGAUAAAAUAAAUGAACGUCGCAACUCUCCCUUGCAAUGGCCUUAUCGUAUCUGUUUACCCAUACGAUUAUGGUGCGAUAAAGUGUUGAAUUGUCCAAUAAGCGGUUCGGAUGAACGAAAUUGUUCAUCUUCACCUCCUAUGAGCUUUCCACAUACAAAGUUCCAGAUUAAAAACGAAUAUCGAAUGCUAAAUGAUGUUUUAAAUCAAUUUGAAAAGAAUACAAGUUUAUUAGAAUUUGUUGGCUAUCGGAAAAAAACUUCUGAACAACCGAUCACUAUGCUGCUGUUUGCAUACGUCAAUACGUUUUGGUUAUCACUAAUACUACCUAUAUUGAUUUUGAUAUUUAUAAUAACUAUUUUAUUAUGUGUAUAUAAAUUAUUAAAACGCAAACGUGAAGCUGGUACAGUGAGAGUUGCUGAAGUAAAAGAUUAUCCUACAAACUCUGAAAGCUGUAAUGAUGAUACAUUGAAAAAUAGUAUAAACAAUAAUCAUUAUUCAGAGAACGCUUUCUCUGGAGAUCAAUUAAAUAAGGAAGAAACUUGUAAUGAUGAUUUUCAAAAUAAUAAUAACAGUGAUGGUGCUGUUAAUAAUGAUUAUCAUAAAUUUUUACCAAGUGAUGUUAAUUACCUGAAUGGUUAUUUGAAUUCACUAGGUAACCAAGAGAUAGCUCCACUCAUUAAUGUAACAGAAAAACAAUAGCAAGUAAUUAUGAUCGUGUAUGGGAUAGGAAGUACGCUUGACAAUAUAUAUAUGGUUCAUUUGAUUUUAGAAAUUAUUAAUUCAUUGUUAGCUGCAUUGUACUUCCUUUACUUCGUUCAACGUUUUCUACACUUUGCAUCUAUUAUCUAUGUUUGGUGCUUUUUGUGUUUUGAGAUUGUGCGUAUAUCCUUUUUUAAUGAUACAAAAUGUCUUAAUACCCGGUAGGAUUGGAGAAAUACAUUAUUUUUCUUAGCGUAUUGUGUUUUAGUGCUCGACCAAAAUAUAUAUAUUCAUCCGAGUUGAUUAUCUUUAUGGUAUCCUUGUUGAUUUUCAUCCAAACUAGUGGUUAUCCUUUCAUCGUUUAUAUAUUGUAAACUUCCUCUAACUUACUAUUCAUUCAGAUAUUUGGUUCCAGAAAAAAACAUUUAAAAACCACUCUACCUAUCUGUUGUGAUUGAAAUUAUUUAUGACAUUUAAAUGUAUCUCUAGAAUCAC